AUGGAAUUCCCUCCGCGAAGAGCGGGAUUUCUCUCCCUCCUCCUCCUGGCCGCGCUGAGCCGCCCGUCCCUGGAGAAAUCCCUUCCCGCCGGCUACCGGGAGCACGAGGAUCCCCGGGAAUCUCCGGGGCUGAUCCGGUGCGGGGAAUACAGCAACCAGGUGCUGCCGGACGGGCGGUGCCGGGUGGUGGCCACGCUGCCGCAGGGCGACGAGCAGCGCUGCCCGGACCUGUUCCGCUGCACCGACGAGGUCUCCUACUGGCUGCACGAGAACGAGGAGCGCAAGCAGCAGAUCCUGGAGCUCCGCGAGCUGACCGCCGAGCUCCAGGAGGAGCUGCGGAACCACCGGCACCGCCUCAAGGCCCUGGAGGUACAGCAGGAGGAGGCGGCGGGGCGGAACCAGAGCCUGAUCCAGAGGCUGCAGGACCUGGAGCAGCAUUCCCGGGAAUCCAGCACGCUGCAGCACAUCCAGGCCACGCUGCUCUACGACAUCCAGGCCCAGAUCAACAACAUCUCCGCGCUGGCCGACUGGGCCUGGCGCAACCCCGGCUGCCUCAGCCCCGCCGACAUCCGCCUCCAGCAGGAGAUGCGGCAUCCAGGUGGCGGGAAUGCGGCCGGGAAUGGCAGCGGGAAUGGGAUCCGGAAUGGGAUCCGGAAUGGG